AUGCAAGAAUGGACAACGACACCAACACUAGAUUCUCUACUCGAAAAAUGGAACAAGCAUCGAGAAAAAACAAUCACUAUGCUAAAUGUAAAAAAUGAGAUUUCUUUUCUUCUUCUAAAUGUGUCUAGUUUAAAUAUGUACCUCUUAGAUGUGUUUAAGUUAAUAGAUUCUGUUUCUUCUCCUAUAGUUGUUUUAACGGGUACUCAUCACGAAGACAGUACCAUUAAACUUUUCUCUUCUCAUUUCUCUAAUCUUAAUGUUUUUUCAACAAAAGGGUCAAAUGCUUUUGGAGGAGUUCUCGUAGCGGUACACAAAUCAAUCCCUGUGAAACGUGUAUCUCGUUUUUCUAAUAUUGUAAACCUAAUUGUCCUUGAAAUAGGAGUAAAUGAUGAAGCCUUUCAACUUGUUGCGUGUUAUUCUCCUCCUUGCGAACCGUUACCUCUCCUUAUAUUUGAUGAAGUAUUCCAAUGUAAUUCUAACACGAUUAUUAUGGGAGACUUAAAUGCGAAGCAUGCAUCGUGGUCAAAAUCUGUCGAAAACCACAAAGGUCGUUCUCUUUAUUCGUGGUUAUAUUCAUCUUCUUGUAACUUUUCACUUGAAAUAGUAAAUAAAUUCAUUUCUACCUCUACUCGUUCAAAUGCAACUAUAGAUCUGAUUCUUGUUCCAUCUCACAUGUUAUCAACGUCUUUCGCUGUUCUUCCAUCCAUUGGUAGUGAUCAUUAUCCUGUCAUAUGGUAUCCCAGUUUCAAAAUGUCUUCUUCACAUGUCCGUCAUCCGGUGAAACGCACCUAUUGGUCGCUUUUAAAUCGUUUCCUUACGUUUACUACAUCGUAUUGGAUCACACUAGGAACUUCUAUGACGAACUCGAUCGAAUUUUUUUGUCUAUAUGAACGUUUUCUAUCACUUAUUGCUGCACGUCUCACGUUCGUUUUCUUUUCGAAAUCAUAUAAACCAUCACUCCCAUCAUACCUCAUUGAAUUAAUUGAACAAAAACGAUAUUGCCUAAAAUUAUUUCGAAAAUUUCGUCAUCCGUACUUCGCUAUCGUACUUCGUACACUCGGUAAUACUAUUCGAAAAGAAUUAUUUUUAUAUAAAAGGCAAUCUUGGCAAAACUAUUGUCAAUCCUUAAACGAACUUGACACUCGUUCAUUUUGGAAAAAAGCGAAACGACAUUUUAGCAUCUGUACCCCGCCGAUUGAAGGUUUUAUCAUAAAUAAUAACAUCGUCUCUUUGCCAAUGGAAAUGUGUACUGCAGCUCGUGAUUUCUACGAAGAACAAUUCUCAAAGCAUCAGAACACAGAAACGUCAAUUGAAAUUGAAGCCGCAGUUGUCGACGAGGAAAUAAGAGAUGAAUUGAACAACAAUCGCCCACAGUCACCGCGUAUCACGUUUCAUCAUAUUCGCAAAGCGAUUUCGUCUUUGAAAAAUAAAAACUCAGCCGGUAUCGACGGUGUGUCGAAUCACAUAUUGAAACUACUUCCUAGUGGACAUCUUCAAAUAAUUUUGUCCUCGUUUAACACGUUCGCAUCUUCUUACCAAACUCCUGCUCACUGGCAUAUAGCCAAAAUGAUUUUACUCACGAAGACCAAGUCCGGAAUCGUAACACUUGAUGAAACAAGACCCAUUUCAUUACUACCGUGUUUCUCAAAAAUCUACGAAAAAUGUUUCCUAGUCCACUUAAGAAAGUGGGUGGACGAUCAAGGAAUUUUGCCCGAAGAACAGAGCGGGUUUCGUCCAGGACAUAACAUGGCCGUUCGUCUUGUCUCAAUGAUCGAUCAAAUAGGUCAAAGCCUAUCAAAAAAUACGGCGGCGGCAGCUUUAUUCGUAGAUUUCAAGUCAGCUUUUAACCAACUAUGGUACUUCGGACUUUGGAUCAAACUAAGACGCCUCGAAUGUCCAUCUCACAUAAUUGCUUGGCUCCGUAAAUAUUUAUCAGGAAGAUCCGCAUAUGUCGAAAUAAAAGGUGUACGAUCACCCGAAUUUUUCCUGUUCAAAGGUGUUCCUCAGGGAAGUUGCAUAGGUCCGGUACUUUUUAUUUUGUAUCAUUACGAUAUACUUGACUCAUUGACGAUUAUUCACUGGCGGCAUCUUUUCGCAGAUGAUCUAUCGAUUGUAUUCUCACCGUCGUCUCUGCUUUCUUCGUCGGGAAUGAUUAACUUAUUAGCGGAACAAAUUACGGAUGUACUUAAUCGACUGAUAAAAUACUCGACCACAUGGAAACAAGAAAUCAACUUAAAGAAGACGUACUGGACUUUAUUUCAUCGUCAAGUAUCCCCUCGAAUCCCGUCUAUAACAUGUAAUGGAUACACAAUCGAGCACCUGAAAAAGGUUAAAUAUUUAGGUACUCAUCUCGAUGCGAAAUUGUCCUUUACGACACACAUCAACUAUAUCAAAGAUAAAAUACGUAAGAAUGUGAAUGUGCUCAAACGACUGACAUCUAGUCGAAUGACGAGUGAGAAAGUCAACUAUAGACUUUUCAAUGCUUACAUUAGACCGUACUACCAGUCGCUUUUUAACAUUUAUCCGAUUUUGACCGCAAAUAAACAAAAACAACUCGAAGCAAUGAAUCGUCAAAUUUUUCGUAAAAUCCAUCAGUGGUCUGAUGCAACAAACAUCGAAAUUGAGAGUCUACCAAAAUAUAAAUCGUUUAAGGCACUUGCAGAUACUCAUUGGGAUAAACUGACAUCAGCAAUACUCAGAACAAAUCCUCGUGUUCUAGAAGACUUCUUACAACACAAACUAUCAAUCGUUUACUUACAAGAAUAUUUCACAAAUCCUUCACUCGCAAAAGAAAGAAAAUCAAUAUUUGGUAGAGGAAGAACACGUAACAACAUCAAAAGCCUACUAAAUGAUGGAAUACUAUCUCUAUUUGACCAUGUAGUAUGUUUAUAA